AUGAGCUUUCGCAUUCCUCUUCCCAAUGACCCGUUUCGGGAAUACUGUUUCGCAGAGUAUGGAUCAAUCCACAAUGGCGAAGUCGUUGCCCAAGCCGAUCUGGGACUCGCAUACUCUCAAGGUUUUGGCGAUCUCUUGCCAAGGGACUACGAGAAAGCAAUUGGAUGGCUCACCACUGCCGUAAACAAGGGUGAUGAAUCUCCUGUCACCCUUGGAAAACUUGGAGAAUUGCUAGAUCGAAAAGGGACGUCGCUUUAUCAGCGAAAGGUAUACGAGAUGUAUCACAGGGCAGCGAAACAGGGAUGUACGAAGACAUUAAAGAGGCCUUUAAAUGGUAUAAAAUGGCUGCUGAUGAAAUUUCCAAUGAUUCUGAACCGGGGGAAGUGA